AGAGAGAGAGAGAGAGAGAAAGGGAAGCUGUGGCUUUGCUGUACCCUCCCACCGCAUUCACUUGCAAAUCAUCGCUGCGCGCUUGGCAAAUCCUGCGCUUCCCCACUCUCCAAGCCUUCCCAGGGAGCUCUGAAUGAAAGCCAGUCAGAGUGAGAGCUCCCCCCCACACCCCCCCUCCCUUUAGCUUUACUUCCCAGCUGUCCAGAGUGAAGUGAUGCUGGGAGGGGAGGAAAAAAAAAAAAGAAGCCUGAGUUAGAUCCAAGUAAGGAUCAGUCUUAGGAAAUAACAGCAGAAAAAAAAAACCCAACCCAACAACCUAAAACACAGGAAAAAGAAGAAGAAACCCAGCACCACCAGCACCACCGAAAAAAAAGGACUCUACCAGCUCGUGUCACAGUUUGCUCGGGGUGGACUCUAAUUGCCAUUCUCGGAAGCAGAAUAAAAAGGAUUUGGCUAUUAUGCACAGAGAUGAGCUGCUGGAACCUGCUGUGCCACAUCAGCAACUAGAGGCAUAAAGAGCAAGUCGGGGAAAACAAAGCUGUAGGCUCCACCCCUGACCAGCUUGGAGAGGAUCAGCAGUGGAGAACUAUGACAAUACAGCAAGUCCUAUUACUCCUGCUGCUCUGGAUGUGGCUGCCACAGCCUUGCCAUACAGAAAUGCUGUUCAGAAGGACUCCUGAUCUCAGACCCAGAAGCUUUGGGGGACGCUCAGCAGGGAGCGAUGGGAAAACAAUUCACCGGCAGAAGCGAGGCUGGAUGUGGAACCAGUUCUUCCUGUUAGAGGAAUACACAGGAUCAGACUAUCAGUAUGUGGGCAAGCUCCACUCUGACCAGGACAAGGGGGACGGCUCACUCAAGUACAUCUUGUCAGGCGACGGGGCCGGCACUCUGUUCAUAAUCGAUGAGAGGACAGGGGACAUCCACGCCACCCGGAGGAUCGACCGGGAAGAGAAAGCCUUUUACACCCUGCGUGCCCAGGCCAUUAACAGAAGAACUCUCAGACCGGUGGAACCCGAGUCCGAGUUUGUCAUCAAGAUCCACGACAUCAACGACAACGAGCCGACCUUCCCAGAGAAGGUUUACACUGCCAGCGUUCCUGAGAUGGCAGUAGUGGGUACUUCUGUGGUGCAAGUUACAGCUACUGAUGCUGAUGACCCUUCCUAUGGGAACAGUGCCAGAAUCAUUUACAGCAUCCUUCAAGGACAGCCUUACUUCUCUGUGGAACCAGAAACAGGCAUCAUCAGGACUGCUCUGCCAAACAUGAACAGAGAAAAUAGGGAGCAGUACCAAGUGGUCAUCCAGGCAAAGGACAUGGGAGGCCAGAUGGGUGGAUUAUCAGGGACCACCACUGUGAACAUCACAUUAACUGAUGUCAAUGACAAUCCACCUCGAUUCCCCCAGAGCACCAUCCACCUCCGGGUUCCGGAGUCCUCCCCGGUUGGGACAGCGAUUGGCAGCGUCAAAGCCACAGAUGCAGACACUGGGGAAAAUGCAGAAGUGGAGUACAGGAUUGUGGAUGGAGAUGGGACAGACAUGUUUGAUAUCCUGACACAGAAGGACACCCAGGAAGGCAUCAUCACUGUGAGGAAGCCACUGGACUAUGAGACCAGAAGACUUUAUACCCUGAAAGUGGAAGCUGAGAACACCCACGUGGAUCCACGCUUCUAUUACCUUGGCCCUUUCAAAGACACCACCAUUGUGAAAAUCUCUGUAGAAGAUGUAGAUGAACCUCCAGUCUUCAGCAGGUCCUCUUACCUCUUUGAGGUGCAUGAAGAUAUUGAGCUGGGGACAAUCAUAGGAACAGUAAUGGCUCGGGAUCCCGACUCGUCCUCAAGCCCAAUCAGGUUUUCUCUGGAUCGCCACACUGACCUUGACAGGAUCUUUAACAUCCACGCUGGCAAUGGCUCCAUCUACACCUCGAAGCCCCUGGACCGCGAGGUAUCGCAGUGGCACAAUCUGAGCGUCAUAGCAGCUGAGAUCAACAACCCCAAAGACACCACUCGUGUGCCUGUCUACGUGAGGAUUUUGGAUGUCAACGACAACGCCCCCCAGUUUGCUGUCUUCUACGAUACCUUUGUCUGUGAAAAUGCAAGAGCUGGACAGCUUAUUCAAACCAUCAGUGCAGUAGACAAAGACGACCCUCUUGGUGGACAGAAGUUUUUCUUCAGUUUAGCUGCUGUUAACCCUAACUUCACUGUUCAGGAUAAUGAAGACAACACUGCCAGGAUCUUGACGAGGAGGAACGGCUUCAGUCGACACGAAAUAAGCACUUACCUCCUGCCAGUGGUGAUCUCAGACAACGACUACCCCAUCCAGAGCAGCACUGGCACCUUGACCAUCCGCGUGUGUGCCUGCGACAGCCGCGGCAACAUGCAGUCCUGCAGCGCCGAGGCCUUGCUCCUGCCUGCUGGCCUCAGCACGGGGGCACUGGUGGCCAUCCUCCUCUGCAUCAUUAUCCUGCUGGUCAUCGUGGUGCUGUUUGCUGCUCUGAAGAGGCAACGCAAGAAGGAGCCUUUGAUCCUCUCCAAGGAGGACAUCAGGGACAACAUCGUGAGCUACAACGACGAGGGCGGCGGCGAGGAGGACACCCAAGCCUUCGACAUCGGCACGCUGCGGAACCCCGCGGCCAUGGAGGACAAGAAGCUGCGGCGAGACAUCCUCCCCGAGACCUUGUUUGUGCCACGGAGGACUCCUUCAGCCCCCGACAACACGGACGUCCGGGAUUUCAUUAACCAAAGGCUCAAGGAGCACGACACCGACCCCUCCGCGCCGCCCUACGACUCCCUGGCCACCUACGCCUACGAAGGCAACGACUCCAUCGCCGAGUCCUUGAGCUCCUUGGAGUCGGGCACCACCGAAGGAGACCAGAACUAUGACUACCUCCGCGAGUGGGGGCCCCGCUUUAACAAGCUGGCCGAGAUGUACGGCGGAGGGGAAAGCGACAAGGACGCCUCUUAACCUGCAGGAGCGACUUCUGCUCCCAGACGCCUUCUGCACUCGACAGUGUUCAACAUUCAGGAGGAUUGCUUUGGGUUUGGUUUCUCCCCCUCCCCGCCACUCAGCACAAAGGUUUCCCUUUCCACUUCAACUUGUCCGUGGCUGUCGUUUGUUCUUUCUCGUCGGAGGCCACCUUGGGAAUAUCUCCAGCAGUUUAUCGAGUCACUUUCCAAGAGCCAAAAAAAAAACCCCAACUGUGGGAAUUCAGUGUUGUCUGGUUAUUUUUUUGCUAUAGGAAGGAAAGAGAUGAUACCUUGACCUUCAGAAAUUGGCACAGGGCGGGAAUCCCUUCGGCCCACCUCAC